GGUCUUGUUAGAGAGUGCACACAGAGCACGGUUGUUGUGGCAACCGUGAUACGUCGGGCAAUAUUGUUAAUGUUAAAUGGUUCUAAUUAAAUUAUAACUUGAUAAUUAACACGCCUUGAAGCUGCAAUCGCGGCAACGUUUUGUAUCUGACUUUAUGCUAGCAUCGUUAGCAUGUCGGCGAUAAGCAGUCUGGUUCCAGCGCGGUUUCUGACAAUCAUAGCUCAUCUUGUUAUCGUCAUCACCAUCUUCUGGUCAAGGGAAAACAAUGUGAAGGCGAGUUUGCCUCUGGAAUUCACCCAGGAGCAGUAUGACAGUGAAGACCAAAAGCUGGUGGUGGCUUUGGCUGUUACCCUGGGGCUGUUUGCCAUAGAAUUAUCUGGAUUCUUCUCCGGCGUGUCCAUGUUCAACUGCAGUCAAGGUCUGUUGUCUACUGGAGCCCAUGCCAGUGCCUCUGUGGCUCUGCUUUUCUUUCUGUUUGAGCAGUGGGAACUUGACAUCUACUGGGCGAUCCUCGCCAUCUGCAGCACUGGCUGUGCACUGCGGUGCAUCUGUCUCCCUGUCCUUCUUUGUUUUUGAGAUGUGGGAAUGCUGGACAUAUUGGGUUAUUUUUGCAGUCUGCAGUGUGUUACCUGCCGUUGUGGAGAUCAUUCUGUUUGUUGGUGUUUUUGGUCUGAAGAAGAAGCCAUUGUAAAGUAGAAAAGACUGUCAAGAAGAUGUGAAUGAAACCCAAUCACAGCACACCUCGGUGUCAUCAAGGCAACGGCAGCAACACUGACAAACCACAAAGAAGAACGAGAUUCAAAAAUUAAUUUUUCCAUUUAUUCAUCCUUUAAAAUAUCCAUUGAUCAAUGGAGUCGAUCUUUAUCCACUGCUGUUACUUCUCAAACAUUUCCUUUUUGUUUAUAAAUUUGUAUAUAAUUUGUAUGAGACCAAUUCAAAAUAUUGUGCUUUUUUCAGGCAAUAAAUGAGUGACUUCUCUUUUUAUACUAAUUUAGUUUUGUAGAAAAA